AUGUUACCUUUUCUUUUAACAUUUUUACUUGACAUUUUAUUUAUUAAUGAUAUUCAUGCACAAGAAUGGCAAUGCUACGAUGUAUUAAAACAAUGCAUCAGUGGUAAUAGUAAUUUGCUCGAUAUCAAUAUGAUUAAUUCUAGUAAUAUCAAUCAUUUUUGUGAAACUUAUACACAAUUAAUUAUUCCAUGUUUAGCAAAAAGAAUGAAUGAGAAGCCGGGUGUUACCUAUCGUGAAAGGUAUCUGGUUUUCCGGAAAUGCGUAGAAAAUGAUCUGUCGAGACAAAAUGAUUCGGGAAUUAUGAUGAACACAGUUAAAAUUCUACGUUUAUACCUAUACAGCUGCAUUUAUAAUAGUAUGGCAGAUAUGUCGCAAAGCAAUUGCUUUAUUAAACUGGUUCAAAAUUGUGUAGAAAAAAUUCCAACAACUCGUAAAUGUUACUACUGGCCUUGUAAAAGUCAAGAUUUUCUGACACUUAAACGAUCCAAUUUAAUACUUCCAAAAGAGGACGAAGAAGAUAAAGACGACGAAGAUUACAAUGAAGCCACUCUUAAGUUUAAUGAUAAACGGUGCUACGAUAGGUUAGCAGAAUGUGCACAAACAGCUAAUAUCUUAUUAGAUGUUAAGCGUAUAAAUUCAAGGAUAAUUGAUGAAUUUUACUUCAAUUAUACACAUGCAAUUAUUCCAUGUUUAGCUAACAAAGUAGUCAAAAGAGAAGACUUCAACUUUUUCAGUAAAAGCCUUAUUCAUAUUCUUCAACAUUGCAACAGCAAAUACAAUAUGAAUUAUUCCAAUACGGCGUGUUUUGUUUAA